GGUAGCUCAGUGUAACAAGCUGGCCACUUGGAGGAACAUCGUCCAGAGUCCCCAGAAUUUUUCGCACGGCUGAGGAGAAGCCAGCUAUAUCACUGUGUUGAUUGAUAGUUGAAGGUGGAAUCUUCGCUGCUUUCUCACAGGAUCAAAUUUCAACCACUACAAGCGCCUUCUUUGCGCCGCUUUAGGUUUAUACUUACUUUCCUUUUCUCCCAUCAUUUUCUUCACUUCUCCUUGCAUAUUAUUAUCGCUUUUCUUUUUUUCGGAUAUCCCCCAAGAGUCGAGUUUGACAGCAUUAUGUGGUUCCCAGCGCUGUCAGCCCUAUGGCUGGCGGCUACCGCUUGGGGUGCUGUGAGUCGCGAUGAAGAUGGAAAUAUCAGGACGAUUGCUUUGCGAACCCACACACUAAAACAGCCUUACCUGGACUCCGAUAUGCAAAGCCGGUGGUAUGACUUUGGAGGUGACACUAUAGUUCGGACAGACUCUUAUAUCCGCCUCACCUCGGACCGCCCGUCGCAGAAUGGAUGGCUAUUUUCCCGAGUACCUCUUACUGCGACGAACUGGGAAGUCACUGUUGAAUUCAAGAUCCACGGAAAAAACCAACUGUAUGGCGAUGGCUUUGCGAUGUGGCUUACGAAAGAGCGGGGACAGUUGGGACCAGUAUUUGGACAUACGGACAACUUUGAAGGCCUUGGCAUUUUCAUCGAUACCUACAAGAACAACCGCCCCGGUGUAGUCUUCCCGUACGUUAUGGCAAUGGUUGGCGAUGGCAAGACAUCCUAUAACAAGGAUAACGACGGAAAGGACACCGAGUUUGCUGGCUGUUCUGCUCGGGGCAUCCGACAUGCUACUGUGCCAACCAAAUUAAAGCUCACCUACUUUCAAGACAAAUCGUUGAAGCUAGAGCUCCAGUACAAGAGCGAAGAUGAGUGGCAGCUAUGCUUUGAAACAAGCGAGCCCCCGGCAAUCCCCUCCGUUACGUACCUUGGAUUCAGCGCCGAGACGGGCGAGUUGAGUGAUAACCACGACAUCAUCUCCAUCGAUGCUAAGAAUCUGUAUAUAACGGGAGGCUCGACCAGCAAACCUACGCCCGGAAAAGGGAGUGCGAAAUCACCUCAGCUUCAGCAGCCGACCAGCGGUAGUAGCUGGACUUGGUUCUUCUUCAAGUUCUUGAUCUUUGGAUUGGUUGUUGGUGGAGCGUACGUGGGUUAUGCGGCGUACCGAUCAAACAAGAAGAGGAGCCAUCGAUUUUAAAGGGGAUAACUAUUAUACAUAGUCGAUAUGGGGAGGCAGUUGUGAUGCCGGAACGAGUCAAAAACACAAAUAUCACUAGCACAUGAAACUUUAGAGGACUGUAUGGUCUUUUUGUAAAGUCAUGCAGUAUCCUUACGUCUUAUGGAUUUGGCAGGCGUUCCAACGGCAAUGUAAAACUAAAGGGGUAGUACUCAAAUACAGUAGGAAAAAUUAUCGAAUUGCGAGAAGCUCAGACCAAGUCCAACCGAACUCUUAGGAGACAAUGGUCACUGUCUGUUAUCACGCCUCGGCACUACUAGUAGAUGAAGUGAUUGUACGUGGGGUUGUGCAUGUAUGUCUGUAAUGUAUGAUAUGAAGAUGCAAGGGUGUGAUCGGCGGAUUCCGUCUUAUGCCUUUUGCCUCCAAAUGUACGCAAGAUGCCUACUAGAUUAGGUGAGUAUACCUAGGUAGGUAUAGAUCCAGCAUUCAGUAUUACAACAAUGGUUUUCUUUUGCUACA